AUGGACGGUAUGAUGGAUGAUCUGGCAGACAUCUACGGUGACGUCAGCGGCCACGCCACUGCCACGUCAGCAGCGCCAGCCACCAAUGUUAUGUGCGCGUCAGCAGGAGGGGGAGCGCUGGGCGGCGCAGGAGGACAGGGAGGGGGCGGAAUGGGGGCAGGGGGAGCGGGGGGAGCAGGGGGAAUGGGGGGAAUGGGAGGAGCGGGGCAAGGAGGGGAGAUGACAGGGGGAGGCGGGGCCAUGGGGGCCAUGGGGGGCGUGGGGGGCGUGGGCGCGAGUGUGCAGGAGCAGGUGGAUGAGGAGACGCGCAUGAUGUCUGCCAUUGUGGAUCAGGCCAGCACGGACUGGCAGAGUUCCCCAUCCCUCUCCACCUCCACCCUUCCCCCGCCUGCUCUCUUCUUCUGCCUGCCCCCAGGUCACUACAUCAAGCACUGCCCCACCAAUGGCGAUCCAGCAUUCGAUGUGGUGAGGCGAGUGCGGCCCCCCUCAGGCAUCCCCAAGAGCUUCCUGCGCCCGGACCAGGGAGGGGGCUACCUCAUGCCGGAUGGCUCCAUGGCUUCUAUGGGCGCGCAACACGACAUGCAGCAAGGCAACGAGCAAGCCUUUGCAAGGGAGACGGAGCCCUUUCUCACCCCAAUGCGGCAGCCUCAAGCAGCAGAGGUCCCUCCAGAGCUCAAAUGCCCGCUCUGCUCCUCUCUCUUCCGCAACGCAGUGCUCAUCCCCUGCUGCCACCUCUCCUUCUGCGAUCAGUGCAUUCGGCAGCGGCUGUUGGCCAAGGGCAGCUGCCCCAAGUGUGCAUCCACUCUGUACCGCAACGACGACCUUCUGCCUAACAUGACGCUCAGACAGGCUGUUGACCGAUUCAAGGCUGCACAGCUGCAGCCUGGGGUUCAGGCGCAGGGGCAGACGGGGCAGAUGCAGCCUGGACAGAUGCAGCCUGGACAGAUGCAGCCUGGGCAGAUGCAGCCUGGGCAGAUGCAGCCUGGACAGAUGCAGCCUGGGCAGAUGCAGCCUGGGCAGAUGCAGCAGAUGCAGCAGCCACAGCAGCGGCAACAACAAUGGCAGCAGCAGCAGCAGCCACAACAACAACAGUGGCAGCAGCAGCAGCAGCAGCAGCAGCAGCCACAACAACAACAGCAGUGGCAGCAACAGCAGCAGCAGCCACAACAACAACAGCAGCAGUGGCAGCAACAGCAGCAGCAGCAGCAGCAACAACAGCAACAGCAGCAACAGCAGCAGCAGCAGCAGCACCAGCAACAGCAACAGCAACAGCAACAGCAACAGCAACAGCAGCAGCAGCAGCAGCAACAGCAGAAGCAGCAGCAGCAGCAGCAGCAACAGCAACCAUUGACUAUCAAACAGCCUAUGGCGACAAACAAAACUGCCCCUGUUUCUUCAUCUGCUCCCGCUGCCUCUGCUCCUGCUCGUGCUGCUGCUGCAGCUCCUGUUGCUUCUGCUUCUGGCGAGGAACACAGUGCAGCAUCAGGAAGUGGAAAGCCCAAGCGCACCCCUGCUCGCCCUGCCGCUGGGGCUUCUGCUGCUGCCACCUCUGCUGCUGCUGCUGCUGCUGCCGCGGCCACUUCUGCUGCUGCUGCUGCUGCUGCUGCUGCUGCUGCCGCUUCUGCUGCUGUUUCUGGCAGUGCAGAUUUCGGGUGGAAUGAAGGCAUGGGUCCCAACAUGGGCGGGGAUUUUUCCAUGGGGCCUGGCUUUGGGGGCGGGGGAGGCAUGGGGGGAGGCAUGGGGGGAGGGAUGGGCGGAGGGAUGGGGGGAGAAAUGGGAGGGCCUGGCAUGGGCAUGGGAGGUCCGGGGAUUGGGGGAGGAAGCAUGGGUAUGGGACCUAUGGGGCCCGGAAUGGGAGGAGGGAUGGGAGGAGGAAUGGGCAUGAAUCAAGGCAUGGGGCCAGGCAUGGGGCAAGGCAUGGGGCCAGGAUUUGAAGGAGGCGGAGGGGGAGGGGGAAGGCACCAGCAAUUUGGUCCUGAUGGGCUCAACUUUUCUGCUGCCAGGGACGACGAGGGGAGAGGACCAGGAGGGUGGGGGGGAGGGGGAAUGCACGGGAGGGGUGGGAGAUACAGAGGGGAAAAGGAUUCUCCAGGGAGGUGGGAUGGGCAUGGGGAUGGGGAUGAUCGGGAUGGGGAUUGGGGGAGUGGAGAGGAGGGGAGUGCAGCAGGGAGGGUGCGCAAAGGGAGGUUUCGAUACAGAGGGGAGAGUGAGGGAGAGGAGGAGGUGGAAGGAAGGGGCAGGGUUGGGCCUGAUAAAGAGUAUGGUUAUAAUGAGGAUGAGGAUGAGGGUGGGAGGAGGAGACGACACAGGUUCAAGGAAAGGGAAGAAGCAGACGGGGGUGGGAGGCGAGGAGGAGGUGGAGGAAGAGGUUUGCAGAAGGGGGCUAGGGAAGAAGAGUGGGAUGAUGGUAAUGAUGGUGAUAACGUGGACGAUGGUGGGGGCUUGGGGGAGACGGCAGGAGUACGGGGGAAGGAGAGGAAGAGACGGGGUCGAAGCAAGGGGAUGGGAGAGAGGGAGUGGGAGGAGGGUGUGGAUGGUGGUGGCACUGGUGAUACCUUACCUGCUAGAGCCGACGAUGGGAAUGUGGAGAAGAGAAGGAAGAUGAAGAGAAUGCGGAAAUAUGGCGAUGGUGGGAGUGAUGAGGGGAGAGGAGGGAUGGGUGCAGGUGAAGGGGAUGAUGUGGGGGAGGGUGAGGGAAGAGGUCUUAGGAUUUACGCGGGGGGAUUUAAUGAUGAUGCUGGGUAUGGGGAUGACAAUAAAGGGGAUGAGAAUGAUCGCUGGCCAUUAGAACAUGGAAUGUGA